CUUUGCCCCAAAAGUUGUGAUGAGAGCCUUCCUGGUGCUGAAUUUCUGCUAGUCUGAAUCAUAGAAAAACAUGACCUAUUUGGGAUUUUCUGGCCUUUACACCAAGUUCCAAACUUCCUGCCGAAUGCGUAGAGUUGAUGCAAUAUCCAGGCUCAAUGGACUCAUUUUCCAUUCCAGAAACGCCCAGAUUAUCAUCCCUCAUCCUGUAUCGGGUGCUCAAAACAAUAGACAAUGAAGAAGGACAUCGGGCAUUCAGGCCCGACCCAGAGCCCAGAUUCCCCCUCGGCAGCGGAAUAGGCAGCGGAAAAUUUGGCAUUCUCCCAUCGCAAGGCACCGACUGCACUUCGCGAAUAGCACUCUCUCGCCAAGGCAUGGUUCCAUCCAGGCCGAGCGAUUCGAUCCUUUCUUCUACUGGACCAAAUGGGUGACUUGAAGAUUCCUAGAAAAUUCGUAUGCUC